AUGGGAGUCAACUUUCCUGACGGGAAGCUCGUCAAGACAGCUCUCGAGUCCUUCUACGCCCUCGGAAACAAUCACUCGUCGCGCAUCAUGGCCAAGUUCUCCAUCCACAAACUGGCCCGCUGCGGCUCCCUCCACCCCCGAACCGUCACGUCCCUGACAGCUGAGCUCUCGCAAAUGACAAUUGACAACGACGCAAAACGCAUAAUGAGGGGCAACAUUCAGCGUCUGAGGGAUAUAGCAUCGAAUCGUGGCCGUCGCCACGCAAUGGGAUACCCUGUCCGAGGGCAGAAAACCCAGAACCAGACAGCCACGGCUACCAAACUCAACCGCCUCAACCGGGCUAGUUAA